AUGCUAAGACACGAAAUUCCUCGCAAGGCCUUCCAUUCUUCCAUUGGCCUCGUGACUAUUUAUCUUUACACUUGUGGCUUUCUGCAGUACCAGAUCGCCCGUCCGCUCUGGGCAAUCUUCAGCGGCACAUCGCUUUUCGAGUUGGUUCGCUUGAAGUCGUCUAGGGUUAAUAAUGCAAUUUUGCCCUGGGUGGAAUAUUUGAUUCGUGCACUGGAAAGAGAUUCGUGCAACGGGAUUGUGUUUUAUCUUGCAGGUGUUUCGUUAGUGCUCAGUUUCGCCCCCAAAGAUGUCGCAGUAGUCAGUAUUCUUCUUUUGAGCUGGGCGGAUACCGCGGCGUCAACUGUGGGAAGAGCCUGGGGAAAAUACACGCCCAAAGUGGCCCAGGGGAAGUCUUUGGCUGGGUGUUUGGCAAGUUUCUUUGUGGGUGUACUUGUGUGUUACUUUUACUAUGGAUACCUUGUGCCAAAGUACCAAGUAGACAGCAUUGGUGAUAACUAUUACUCUGAGUCCAGCAGCCACUUGAGCUUUCCUUAUUAUGCCUUCGCAACAGGACUCGUUACCUCGUUCUCGGAGGCUGUGAAUGUGGCCGGCCUCGAUGACAACUUCACUAUUCCCGUCAUAAGCUCCGUGGUUUUGUCUGGACUCAUAUAUGCAAACCACACAUAG